AUGCAGAGCACCUUGUUAGCGCAAUCAGAAUGCUGCCAGCAGCUGAAAUCAUCCUUGAGAGCUGCUGCAGCUGCCGCUGCUUUCAGGGACCAAGCACUCCCCCCCCAGCAUAUGCGGCUGGCAAGAAGCAGAUUCGACGGCUGGGCAUUGCAAUUUCUGAGCUGCAGAAGGCUCCUCCAAUACAAUACGAUACGACGGAGUAUUACCGGUGGUGAAUGGAACUCGUACCGCUAUGGAGUCUCGGUCCAGACCCCCUACAUGCAGCAGCAAAAAGCCCACCCGCGUGGUUGCAGCCAAUCGUACAGGCAUGGCUGGCGCCGAUCCUCUUUUAAUAGCUCCUGGUUUGAAAAGGAAGCUGGGGCUAUGGAGCAAGAGAAGACUGGUCAUUUGUUUGAGCAGCAAAUGAGUUGCCUAGCCCUCUGUCAUUUGACGAGUCAGAUACACCCAUUCCAUUCCCCACGCAACAAAGCCUCUUCCCCCCAUGCUGUCCAUGCCUUCAUCGCGAUUGUCGGCCUAAUUGCUGCUAGCAAUGCCCAGUGCCACCACCUUACUAGUACCUAAUCUACACUAUUUGCACGCUCUGCAUCUUCUACACUAAACGUGCCUAUUAAUACCUUGCAUCGUUGGGGCUAGAGCACGCCAUACCAAGCCAGUUCUGCAGAAACGCAGGGCCCCUUGGACAGCA